AUGGCGCUCCCCGGCGGCCCCGCCACGCCGACGCCGGAGCCGGAGCCGCUCAGGCUGGCGGAGGAGGAGGUGCGGGAGGCGGAGCUGUUCGAGGAUGCGGUGGACGUGUCGCCGACCGCCUCCGCGCACCCGGUGACAUGGCGCGAGGGCGAGGCCGCACCGUCGUCGUCGUCGCCGUCGAUGUCGGUGUCGAUACCGCACCGCCACGAGGCGGGGGCCGCGGACGAGGAGGAGGAAGCGUACGAGUCACCUCCGGCGUCGGGCGCGUCGGGGCAUACGGGGAUUGACGGCGCGGGGUGGUCGCCUUCGGUUUCCGAAUCGCGAGAGGGCAGCGCCUCGCCGUUGGGGCAGCGCGCGAGGGGCGCGGAGCAGCAGGAGGGGAAUUGGGUGGCCCCGUCGGGGGCAGCAGGCUCGCCAGGGAUGGAGGACUCGAGGUCCAGGUCCUCGUCGGCACCGCCUUCGCCCAGGCCCCCGUCGUCGCCUGCGCCGCAGAUCAGGCCGCACGCGAGGCACGUGCGGACCAGCAGCUUCCAGCGGUUCCGGCAGCAGAUGCAGCGCGCGUGGAAGUGGGGGCCCGUCGGAGGUGGAGGAGACGCCGAGAGGAGCCCCAGGGAGCAGUUGCUGCGCACUACCGUGAACAUUGAGGCUAUGGCGAACCAGAAGCGGCAGUGGUAUCAAGUCCACGCCAAGGUGCGGGAUCAGAAUCAAUUGAAGGAACCAUCAUCACUCUUUGAACAUUUUUUCGUAGUUGGACUCCAUUCUUAUGCAAAUGUUGCAGUAGUUGAGGAUGCUUUUGCAAAAAAGAAAGCUUGGGAGUCUAAUGUAGCAUGCUCAGAGGUUGUUGAUCUUAGUAAAAUUCAGUACCAUGGACCAAUACCAACCAUGGAACCACAGAUUCUUUUCAAAUAUCCACCUGGAAAGAAAGAGGAUAUUAGAGAGGCUGAUUUACCCUCAUUCUGUUUUCCUGAAGGUGUAAAGGCUCGCUUAGUCGAGAGGACUCCUUCCAUGAGUGAUCUGAAUGAAGUGAUAUUUGGGCAGGAACAUCUGUGCCGAGAUGAUUUGUCCUUUAUCUUCUUCCUAAAGGUAUCGGACAAUGCACCACUAUAUGGUGUUUGCCUUCAUGUCCAGGAAAUUGUUCAAAGAGCUCCUGGUAUACUAGGAGCAGUCUCACCCCUAAAUCAGACUUCCUACAAGCCAAGCCGUUUCUUGGUUUCUGCACCACGUUGUUACUGUUUACUUACAAGAGUACCUUUUUUUGAGCUACAUUAUGAGAUGUUAAACAGCAUAAUUUCACAGGAGAGGCUUGAAAGGAUAACACAGUUUGCCAGUGAAUUUGCUCUGGCAGGGCCAGUCCCCCGUUCCUUGAGAGAACAGUUACAAGAUCAAUCAGAUGGGGAUUUUGAAUCUCCAAAUGGGCUUUCGUACAAUGACUGGACAGAAUAUGCUGUACCUGUCGACACUAUAUCAGGUCUUGUUUCUUCACCAGGACUUGCAUCAGAAAGAGACGUCCCUUCAUAUUUGUUCAGGAGUUGGGAACCUAAUUCUCCUGAAAGUAUAUCUGCUAGUGAGACUUCAGAAUCUAGUUAUGCAAAAGAACCUGAGAAGGAAGGAAGACAUAGUUUCCAACAAUACGAAGAUUGUAUAUCACAGAACACGGAAUCCCGCUGCGAUAGCUUUGGAAGAGCAAGUAGUACUUCUGAGAAUGGACAUACUUCUCCAGAUCUUCUGUCCAUGCAUUCUCCUAUCUCUACAAGAUUAGAACGCACACAGAGUAUGGAGUCUUUACACAGUUCAGUCAAAGGUGCUGGGUCAGAUGAAGAAGACGAUGAAGUAAAUGUGAAGAAUGAAAGUGGUGUUGAUGAUGGCAAAGUUCUGGGAUGGGCUAAGGCAAACAAUAAUGAACCUCUACAAAUUGUUUGUGGUUACCAUGCUCUUCCUCUGCCACCUCGCGGAGGAGAAAUUGUCUUCCAACCCCUUGAACAUCUCCAGCCUGUUAAAUACUCCCGGCCUGGAUUAUUAUCAUUGGGGUUAGGAGACACAAAUUUGAACAAUGAUAUGAAUUCGGCAGAAACAAAUCUGGUCAUUGUGAAUGCCCGCUUGGUCGCUGCAGAAGAAGCACUUGCAUUAUCAAUAUGGACUAUGGCUACAGUUUGCCGUGCUUUAUCUCUGGAAAGUAUGCUAGCAUUAUUCACUGGAGUUCUGUUGGAGAAGCAAAUUGUGGUAAUAUGCCCAAAUCUGGGUGUACUGUCAGCAAUUGUUUUGUCAAUUAUACCGAUGAUUAGGCCAUUCCAGUGGCAAAGUUUACUGCUUCCUGUUCUACCAAGAAAAUUGAUUGAUUUCAUCGAUGCCCCUGUCCCUUUCAUUGCUGGUAUCCAACAUAAACCCCCUGAUAUCAAGAUGAAAGCGUCUAGUCUUGUCAGAAUCAAUGUACAGAAAGAUCAGGUCAAGGCAAAUUUAUUGCCUCAACUUCCACGUUACAAGGAUCUUGUUUCUGAUCUCAGUCCAAUUCAUGCUAGACUUUCAUGUGAGAAUGCUUUGGCCAAGAAACAUCCUAUGUAUAAAUGCAACGAAGUUCAGGCUAAGGCAUCUUGGCAGUUCUUAAAUGUUCUGAGAACCUACUUGGAGUCACUUUGUUCUGAAUUGCGCUAUAAUACCAUCACAAAUGUACAAUCAGAUAAUGACAGGGUUUCCUUGCUUCUGAAGGACAGUUUUAUUGAUUCCUUCCCCUCGAAAGAUCGACCGUUCAUGAAGCUCUUCGUGGAAACACAGAUGUUCUCUGUUCUAUCAGAUUCUCGACUUGCCGCAUUUGAAAACGAGCAUUCACAGGGCUUUGCUUCAGCUGGAGAUCAAAAUACGAACUUCGAUUGA